UGCGCAGUGGGACUUGAGGACGGAACGCUGCCCCGGGCUGGAGCCAGCAUGGCGGCUGAGCGCAAGACCAAGUUGUCCAAGAACUUGCUACGCAUGAAGUUCAUGCAAAGAGGGCUGGACUCAGAAACCAAGAAACAGCUAGAAGAGGAAGAAAAGAAGAUCAUUAGUGAAGAGCACUGGUACUUGGAUUUGCCAGAGCUUAAAGAGAAAGAAAGUUUCAUAAUAGAAGAGCAGAGUUUCUUGUUAUGUGAAGAUCUUCUCUAUGGAAGAAUGUCAUUCAGAGGAUUUAAUCCUGAAGUUGAGAAAUUAAUGCUUCAGAUGAAUGCUAAGAACAAAGCAGAGGAGGAAGAGGAAGAUGGAACAGUAGAGCUCGACGUGUCAGAUGAAGAAAUGGCUAGAAGGUAUGAGACUUUGGUGGGGACAAUUGGAAAAAAGUUUGCCAAGAAGAGAGACCGUGCCAAUUAUGAAGAAGAUGAAAAUGGGAACACAAAACCAGUUAAAACAAAGAAAAUGUUCUUAAAGCCCCAAGAUUAAAAUGUGUACCUUCAAAAUGAGCUAAGGGAUGCCCAUGAAAGCAGCAUGUUUUGGAACUCAUCCUAAUGGUGUCUCUCUAGUUGCUAAUGUGUAAUGUUGAUUUGUAAAGAAAUGUAUAGUUUUGGAGACAUGCUGGUUUUGAAACAGAUUGUGGUAGAUGUUAUACAUCCUUUCCUAAUCAUAUUCAUCAGGAAUAUAACUCCAGCGCUUGACCUUCAGGUGUACAUAGGCACAGGCUUGCUUACUAAAGAUUUUUUACCUCAGAUUUUUUUAAAUAUAUAGUUCUCCAGUCACUGACGUUGAAUUGACUCCUACAAAUUAAUGCCAGUAUUUCAGUUGCCCUUAUGUGUAUAUUUUGCUUUAAAUUAUUAAUCAUGUCAGUCCAAUCCAUGCAUUCAUCUUGGAAUCAGAUGUCGUGAGAAUUUAUUAUAUAUUAAUUCAUCCAAAACAAACACACCUAGCCUGAAGCAUUUGUAUACUACCAGUCCAUUGUUCAGUUUGGGGUAGUUUU